CAAUGGCACAAAAGAAGAGCAUCGUUUUCUUCCACCCAGACCUGGGCAUUGGUGGUGCCGAGAGACUGGUGAUCGAUGCUGCCGUUGGUCUCCAAGCGCGUGGGCACAAGGUCACCAUCUUCACGUCGCAUUGCGAUCCGGGGCAUUGCUUCGAGGAGGCUCGUGAUGGAACUCUCGACGUGCGAGUGCGCGGGAACUCGCUAGUCCCAUCGACCAUCUUCGGCCGCUUCGCCAUUCUCUGUGCCAUCCUGAGACAGCUGCACCUCGUGUGCAUCGUUGCCCUGUGGAACUACGAACUCGACCAUCUCAGACCAACCCACUUCUUUAUCGACCAACUGAGUGCUGCAGUACCUCUCCUUCGCUUCCUGUAUACCGACGUCGGCAUCCUCUUCUACUGCCACUUCCCGGACCAAUUGCUCGCUCAGAAAGGCGAAGGCGCUAUAGCCGUCUUGAAGAAGGGAUACAGAGUGCCAUUCAACGCCAUUGAGGGCUGGAGUACUGCUUCUAGUCAUGGUAUUGUCGUCAACAGCAAAUUUACUGGUGGCGUCGUGAAGCGUGUCUUCCCUCGUCUAUCGAACAGAGAGUUGAAGGUCGUCUAUCCUUGUGUCGACACUUCGACUGCCAGCCAGUUGCAGCGUAAGCCCAUGUGGUCCGGCAGAAAGCUCACCUUGAGCAUCAACCGCUUUGAAAAGAAGAAGGAUGUCGCUCUUGCUGUCAAGGCCUUUGCGAGUCUCGAUGCUUCAAUUCGCAAGUCUGCUCUGCUAGUCAUUGCAGGUGGUUACGAUCCUCGCGUCCCUGAGAAUGUCAGCACACACAACGAACUUCAACAACUGGCCGACUCUUUCAAGCUGUCGCAUGAAACUCACAAGUCGCUUCCUGAUCCUUCCGUUGUCUCUAACAACACAUCGGUCCUCUUCCUCCUUUCUGUGCCGGACUCCUUGAAGCAAUCCCUUCUCGCGUCCGCUGAUCUACUGGUUUACACUCCUCAGAACGAACACUUUGGUAUUGUGCCUCUCGAAGCUAUGCUCGCCCGAGUACCCGUGCUGGCUGCCAACGAAGGAGGCCCUCUUGAAACCGUUGUCGAAGGAGAGACUGGCUGGCUCCGUGACAUUCGCAAACCUGACGAAUGGACUGCCGUCAUGUCGCGUGUUCUCUCANACCCCAAUCCUGCUGAGCUGCGCAGUAUGGGCGAAAGUGGCCGUAAGCGCGUCCAGGCCGAGUUUUCGAAGGAGCAAAUGGCUCUCCGUCUCGAUCAAUCUUUGGAUCAGAUAACAAAUCCACCAAAGACGCCCUCAACUAUACCCGACUGGCUGUGGAUGACCAUUGUCGUUUCUCUGGUAGCUAUCUUGCUGUCUCUGCUUGCUACAUGGCUAUUGUUCUUGGGACUUGACAUGGCCAAAAAUAAGGAGGAAGCAUUACGGCAGUACAACGCUGGUAAGACCGUCACUGAACAGGUUAUUGCUGUCACGACAGAGAUUGUGAGGAAAGAGUUG